AUGGGUUCUCAAACAAGUCGCCCAGAAAGCAAUCAAACCAACUCUUUCAUCCACGCCCAAAAAGACCUUGACAGAACAGACAGCCUCAACCUCGACGAUACAAGCCAAGGCAGCUCAAUUGCAUCUUCACUGGUAGAAAAUACUCCUGUUCAAGACCCCAAUAUAGUUACAGUCACUUUCAAGUGGAACCACGGCGGCAACGAAGCAUUUAUCAUUGGCUCUUUCAACAACUGGAAAGAACGUAUCCGAAUGGAAAAAAGAGGCAACGAAUUUGUCCUAGAAAAACAACUAGAACGAGGAGUUCACGAUUAUAAAUUUAUUAUUGACAAUGAAUGGAGAUUUGCCCAUGAUCAGCCUAUAAAGAAAGAUCAACAUGGAAAUAUUAACAAUUGGAUAGAUACAAGCAGCAUCCCUGAGCCAAAAUAUGAAGCUGAGGACCAGAAAAUGAUGGGGAAUAUGUAUACACAGGAGCUGUGCGCUGAUUUGACAACUAUGGACCCUGACCCGCUGCCUACACAUUUGCAAUAUGUACUAGCUAAUCACUCUAAUUCUUUUGAUUAUAGGCAGAAACAGACUAUUCCGCAUAAUUCUCCAAUUACGCAGACUAAUGCAGAACUUGCAGGAGAAAACAAUUUGCCACCUAAUGAGCUGCCGAUACCGCCACAUGUGAUUUUGAACCAUGUGGGUGUAAGGGCAAAUGAGCGUGUGAUUGGCCUUACAACGACUCAGAGAUAUAGGGAAAAAUUUAUCACGACUGUUUAUAUUACAUAAUAUGAACCUUACUAUAUUUUUUUUUAUUUAUAUAAAAUAUCUAGCAUCAUGUAAAAUAUUAUACUAUAAGCCAAUUAAAUAA